GGCCAGCUGGGUUCUGAACUACUCCCUUCUUCACUCUUCUCCAUCUCUCUUUUUUCUUUCAAAUUUGAUAGUAUUUCAAUAAUUAUGAGAGAGGGUGUAAUUGUAAAAUUUCAACUUUCUUGAUAGUGAAAUGUGUAAUUAACUUGUAAUACUGGGUUUUGUGUGUGGAUUUGUUGGAUAUAUGGGUUUGGAGGGAGAAUUGGUAAUAGUAUUAGAAGUAUUGAAAAAGAAGAAGAAAUAUGAUAAUGGAAGCUUGCAUGAGCAGUGUUUGUUGUUGUACAAAUGUAUACAACAACACUACUGUACUUCAACUUGGUCUACCUAUAACUCCAUUUUUAAUUCUAAUUCUUAAGACUGAUCACCUUCUUUAAAACAAGAUCUCUCUCACUUAAUUUAAUUCCCUCAUCAUCAUCAAGAACAAGAAUUCUUUUUGUAUUUUCUUUCUUUAAUUUCAGUGAAACUGUGAUCAUGAAAAGACUUGCCAGCUCUGAUUCUCUUGGUGCUUUGAUGUCCAUUUGUCCUAAUUCUACAGAUGAGCAGAUCAGCCCAAGAAAUGGCAACCAUUAUGGGAGGGAAUUUCAGUCGUUGUUGGACGGUUUAGAUGAAGAAGCUUGCAUAGAAGAAUCUGGCCAUGUUUCUGAGAAAAAAAGACGGUUAAGUGUGGAUCAAGUUAAAGCUUUGGAGAAGAAUUUUGAAGUUGAAAAUAAGCUUGAACCUGAAAGAAAAGUUAAAUUAGCUCAAGAACUUGGUUUGCAACCGAGACAAGUUGCGGUUUGGUUUCAGAACCGCCGUGCACGGUGGAAAACCAAGCAAUUGGAACGCGAUUACGGCGUUCUGAAAGCUAAUUAUGACUCUCUUAAAACCAAUUAUGAUUCCCUCCAGCAUGACAACGAAGCUCUACUCAAAGAGAUAAAACAAUUGAAGGCGAAGCUGAAUGAUGAGAAUACAGAAAGCAACAUUAUUUCUGUCAAAGAAGAGGUAAUUUUGCCCGAAUCUGACGAAAAAUCCGCUAAACAGUCGCCCCUACGCGAUUCUGCAGCUGUAUCAGAAGCGAAAGAGCUGAAUUAUGAGAGCUUCGAUACCAACAACAAUGGACUAGAGCUAGCGACAUUCUUCCCAGAUUUCAAAGACGGGUCAUCAGACAGCGAUUCCAGCGCAAUUUUAAACGAAGAUAACGGUCAGAAUCCGGCAAUUUCCUCAUCUGAGGUGUUCCAAAACCACCCGUUAAUCAUGUCUCCACCGCCAUCUUCGUCGAACUGUUUCCAGUUCACGUCAUCAUCUAAAACAUAUAAUCAGACACAGUUCGUGAAAAUGGAAGAACAUAACUUCUUUAGCAGUGAGGAGGCUUGUAAUUUCUUCUCUGAUGAACAAGCUCCAACUCUUCAGUGGUACUGUCCUGAUCAAUGGAAUUAAAGUUCAAAAAAUGGCAAUAAUAAGAGGCAAAAAUAGUGGGAAUUAAAGAGUUUAGUUCCAAGAAUUUUGUGAAAUGGAAGUUGAUUGAGUGUAUAUCUUUAUGUUGUGCAUUUAAAAAGCUCAAUAACUUUGAAUUCCACUGAAAAUUCGGAGAAAUGGGUCCAUGAGGGGAUCAAAGAUGGGGACUAAAUUGUAAAGAAAAAGAAUAACGGGGGAGAAUUUGGAAUUAGAUAAAAGAGAAGGGCUAGAAAUGAGAAAGCACGUGUAAGUGAAAGGUGACGAUGAUAAAUGGUUGUUUUUCUUUUACUGUGAUCCGUGCGGAAAUGAUUAGAUCGUAAUUGGGGGUUUGUUUUUUUCUCUGUGGUGCUGUAAAAAAGUAGUUAUGGUGAAAAAAGUGAGAUCAGCUUUGAAUCCAUGGAGGAAGAAUUCCUGUAAUGGAGAAUUAAAAUAAUCAUAAUUUGCCUUUUUCUUUUUC